GUCUCCACAUCCAUGCUCUAAAAGUUAAGGAGAAGGGAAGCAGUUUCGUCACUAUACUGCAACACAAGCCAUGGCUUCCAAGCUCACCUGUCCAGCUUCAGUCAUGGGUGCUCUCCCACACUUCAGUGGCCUCAAGGUCCAGCCAUCAAUGGUGGCGCUGCCUCAGCUCAGGCAGCGAGGGAGGGGAGCUUUGGGUGCUCGCUGUGACUUCAUCGGCUCGUCGACGAACAUCAUAAUGGUGGUGAGCACAAGCUUGAUGUUGUUCGCGGGGAGGUUCGGGUUGGCUCCGUCUGCGAACAGGAAGGCCACGGCGGGGCUGAAGCUGGAAGCCCGCGACUCUGGGCUGCAGACCGGCGAUCCUGCCGGGUUCACCUUGGCGGACACGUUGGCCUGCGGCACCGUCGGCCACAUCAUCGGCGUCGGCGUCGUCUUAGGCCUCAAGAACUUGGGCGUCCUAUAAGAAGCUCUUUGCCGUGCCUGUAUUGUACGCUAUCGCUGUUUGCUGUGAUGUACAUGGUUUCUUCUCCCUCUAAAGCGUAUCACCCAAAACCAGUCGAGAGACUCCAUGACAAUGAUUUAUAUAGCUUUGCUCCAA